UCCACUAUUCUAUCUGUAGUUUUACAAAAUACUCAAGAAGACCUGACGGGAGAACGAACACUGCCCACAAACACACAGCACAAGAGAAUGGCCACAACUCUGAGCUUCAUGCUUCCAAACCCCACCACAACCAACCCUCAACUUUCAUUUCCCAAGACUUCUUUCCUCUCUCGCUCUAAUACACCAAGACUCUUGUUCUUCGCAACUCAUUUUCCUUCAUCUCUUCCCUUGGCUUCUACAAGAGUCAAGAAGACUCGAAAGCACAUACUACUUUGUAGCAGCAUUCCUAUUGUCUCCACAAAUACAACCCAUUAUGAGCUUACCUUUAGUGCGUUCGGUCCCCUCGUUUCUGGGGAUAAAUCGAGAAUCAACUUUUGAAACGAAUUUCAGUAACUUUGCAUUGCACAACAUCUCAUUGAAGUUAAAAGGAGAAAGAGAAGCUACGGAACCUUGACUAAGAAGCAGAGAGAGAAUUUUUUGCUCGGGCCAGCUAGAUGUUUCAUGAUGAUUCAUCUGAGGUAGAGUUGAGAUUGGAACUUGAGGAUGAAAACAUAAGUCCUGGGCAGAUCUCUGUAGAUGCAAGGGAGAGCUCUUUGGUAAUUAGAGUUCAGCAUUCUGGAUAUCAAAAGACUCUCUUGGAUAGCAAUACUCUCUAUGGAAUGAUAAAGCCUUCUGAAACAAUAUGGUAUAUAGAUGAGGCUCAGCUGGUUGUUAACUUGAAGAAGCAAGAUCCAGAACUAAAAUGGCCUGACAUCAUGGAAUCCUGGGAGUCCUUAACAACAGGGGUCAUGCAGCUAUUAAAAGGAACAUCAGUCUUUUUAGUUGGGGAAUCAACAGAAAUAAACCACAAGAUUGCUCGAGAAUUAGCGGUUGGUCUUGGUUAUACUCCACUCAGCACAAAGGAGCUUCUGGAAGCAUGCACCAAGCAAACAAUUGAUUCAUGGAUAACUGAAGAGGGCCCGGAUGCUGUGGCAGAAGCAGAAGGUGCUAUACUAGAAAGUCUUAGUAGUCAAGCCAGAGCAGUUGUUGCAACUUUAGGAGGGGAACAUGGUGCCGCCAGGAGGCCCAACAAAUGGCAACAUCUUUUUGCGGGAUUUACAGUUUGGUUAUCACAAUCUGAAGCUGCAGAUGAAGAAUCAGCAAAAGAAGAGGCCAAGAAGAACAUCCGAGACGGUCUUCAAGGCUACACUAACUCGGAAGUAGUAGUGAAGCUUCAAGGUUGGGAUGCCACUUACUCCAAAACUGUGGCUCAGGCAUCAUUAAGUGCUCUUAAACGCCUGGUUUUGUCUGAUAAAAAUCUCACAGGUAGGAAAAGUCUGUAUAUAAGACUGGGAUGCCGAGGGGAUUGGCCGGAUAUCAAACCUCCUGGCUGGGAUCCGUCGACUGGAGCUGCUCCUCCAUCAUAAGGCUGGACAGAAUACAAGAAGAUCAACGGAGAACACUCCCCUUUCCUCCAUUUUAAACGUAUAUAUUCAGCUGUUCUUGAUUCAAGUUCUCCAUGUUCUUGAUGAAAUGGAAUGGAUCAUACUGUAUAUGUAUUUCAUAACAAUUGAUUCUUUCUAGAAAUUUGUCAAUUUUCACA